AUGACCGGCUGCCGACUGCACCAAGCCCCUCCCCGCCAGUGCACAAGGCACAUACCGAUCAACCUACACCUUAAUAUUGCUCUCUACAACAACAACAUAGCUCUUGGCCACUACCCGCCGCCGCCGCUUACCAUCCCGUCACCAUCUGCCUCGGCGUCCCGGACGCGCCACACUCCGGGGCCAGACGCGUAUAAAUCCUCCACGCUGGCUCAUUUACGACAACGCUCCGAUCGGGAGCUAAGCCGGUCAGCCAUGAGCUCGAGCAUGCGAUCCGGCGUCUCGAGCCGCGCCAGCGCCGUCCGCCCGCCGACGAGAACAUCGACGGCGCGUCACGGCAUGCGCGCCGGCGCGGCAUCGCCUGCCGACUCUCUCAUCUCCAACAUGACCGCCGGCGCGAAGCGCAAGGAGCGCGACUACGAACUGGACACGGGCUCCCGCAUGAGCACCUUUGGCGGCGAGGAGACCAACAUUAACGUCGUGGUCCGCUGCCGCGGUCGCAGCCCGCGCGAGGUCAAAGAGAACAGCGCCGUCGUCGUCAAGGCGGAUGGCGUCAAGGGGAACCACGUCGACCUCUCCCUGGGUCCCAAUGCCUUGAACAACAAGACGUAUUCCUUCGACCGCGUCUUUUCGUCCGCGGCAGACCAGCCAAUGAUCUUUGACGACACUGUCCGACCUAUUCUCGACGAGAUGCUAUCCGGCUACAACUGUACAAUCUUUGCGUACGGACAGACGGGUACAGGGAAAACGUACACCAUGUCGGGCGACAUGACAGAGACGCUAGGCAUGUUGUCCGACGAAGCUGGCAUCAUUCCGCGUGUGCUGCAGCAGCUGUUUCGAACGCUUGAGCUGGACGACACUGAGCACUGCGUCAAAGUGUCAUUCAUCGAGCUGUACAACGAAGAGCUGCGCGAUUUGCUCUCGGUCGAGGAGACGGCCAAACUACGAAUCUAUGACGACGCGUCACGAAAAGGCCACGCCAGCACCAUGGUGCAGGGCAUGGAGGAAAAACAUAUCAAGGACUCGAGCGAGGGAAUCAAGGUGCUGCAGGAUGGCAGCUUGAAGCGCCAGGUCGCUGCCACCAAAUGCAAUGACCUCAGUUCGCGAAGUCACACUGUCUUCACGAUUAGUGCAUACGUAAAAAAGGUCAACGAGAACGGCACCGAAGAUCUCAUCAGCGCUGGCAAGCUCAAUCUCGUUGAUCUUGCUGGCAGCGAGAAUAUUCAGCGCUCAGGUGCUGAGAACAAGCGCGCGACUGAGGCUGGCCUCAUCAACAAAUCGCUGCUGACCCUUGGUCGCGUCAUCAACGCUCUCGUCGACCGCAGCGCACACAUUCCGUACCGAGAGUCAAAACUCACGCGCCUCCUCCAAGACUCUCUUGGUGGCCGAACAAAGACUUGCAUUAUUGCGACAAUUUCGCCCUCAAAGACCAACCUGGAAGAAACGAUAUCGACACUCGAAUAUGCAUUCCGCGCAAAGAACAUCCGAAACAAACCGCAGCUCAAUGCCAUACCCAAAAAGACGCUCCUCAAGGAAUUCACUGUUGAGAUCGAAAGGCUCAAGAGCGAACUAAUUAGCACCAGACAACGCAACGGCGUUCAUCUGCCACCCGACGUGUAUGAAGAGAUGACGGCACAAAGCGAGUCGCGGAGAAUUGUUGCCGAGGAGCAAGGCGCCAAGAUUGAAACACUCGAGACGAACCUACGCAAUAAAACACAUGAGCUGCACUCACUGAACGCUUCGUUUAUGGGACUGAAGAAGGAUCACGACGGCACUCGGUCGCAGCUUGAUAGCACAAAAGAUCUGCUGCAUGGGGUAGAGAGAGUACUUGAAACGACGCACAAGUCACUUGCCGAAGAGACGGAGCUGCGCAAGGCACAUGAGGCUACCGAGGAAAAGCUGACCAAGAUUGGCGACGAACUUAUCCACAAGCUCCAACGAACAGUCAAUGACGUUGGUGGACUGCAUGCGAAGAACAAGCGAAAAUCAGAUCUGCAGUCCAUCAACCGGGCUGCCUGGAGCACUUCCCAGAUUCAAGUGUCCGAUGUCACUUCUAUGGUUGAACGUCGCGUUGCCGACUUCCAAGAUGAACAGCGCCAGCACAUCUCAAGCAUCUCAACACGCAUGAGUGCCUUUGUGGAAGAGGAACUUCAGAAGCUGUCAGCUACACAAACGUUGCUAGACGAACAACUUAAUGCGUUUGCUGAUUCCAAGAAGCUUCUACUGGAACAAAAACAAAAGGCUAAGGAUGAGAUGGAUGAGGUGCUCGAGGAGAUUAAUGUCAUUCGCGACGGCGUGAAGGGGCGCGUGGGUGAAAGUUUACAGGUCAUCUCUGGCGCCGCGGAGAAGAUUGCAGCAGAUGUCGUUGCCGAGAUGGGCAAUCUGCACACACAUCUGCACAACUCAUAUGCCGCCCUAGGCAAGGACUUCAAGUGCAUCUUUGAAGAUCUUGUCAAACAUAUCACGGCCCAGCGCAGCGAGUCUGAUAAUCUUCGACGCCAGCUACAAAACGCAACGAAUGCGGCUGUUCUGCAGAGCUCUGGCACCUCUCUGCGUAUCCAAGAAGUCAUCGCUGAAGAGCGACGGCAAGCUGCAGAGGAUCGCCAGAGGCUGCUUUCUCAGAUCACUACUUUGAUCAACACACAAGCCGAGACGCAGGAAUCACGAUUCGCCGACAAGGCCUCACAGAUCCAGAAAUCAGUCACCGAAUCUAGCACCACUCUAGAACGUGCCGUCCAUCAAUACAACGAAGGCAUGGAAUCAUGGGAUGAGAAAGAAGGCGAUCUCCUGGAAGAAGUCAAGAAGUCUCGCGAGCAACUCAAGACGAAGCUCAAGGAUGACUGGAACACGGCUAGCGAUCAAAGCACUGCGAUUCAGAACACUGCCAAGUCGGUACACGCCGAGACGGUACGUGUUGUCGAUGAGCAGGUAGAGGACCUGGGCUCCAAGAUGCUUGCCCUCGACGACUUUGUCACGCACGCCCGCACAGAAAAUACGACACACCACGAGAACCACGGCCAGUCGGUCCAGGCACUGUCCAACACCAUCGAGCAGUCGUUUGGCAAUAUCUCGGCGCACUUCAAGUCCACGUUUGACAGGUUCAAGAAUGUCGGUGAGGCAAUGGAACUCGACACCAGUGAUAUGCUUGAAGCCCUGGAUCCGCUAGAAUCGCAUCUCUGCCAGCCAUUGACGAACCUGCGGGAGGGCAUCUCCAGCACCAGUCUCCACGAGUACCAGCCAACGGGUGACACGCCGCAAAAGGCUGUCUACCAAUACCCGACUGUGCUGCCACGAACCAAUCAUCUUGCCGAGGGCAUGAUUGAUGAGGAGGACGAGAGCGUGCCACCGUCGCCGCUGAUGGUGGUAGAUCGCUCUACGGACCCGGAUCAGACCAUUGUCUUUGCCGAUCUGUCACCGCAGCCGCAGCAGCCGGCGCCCUCCUCUACCAAGGCAAGCUCCUCCUCGCCGCGCCUGUCCUCUGCCACGUCGGCAGCAGCGGCGGCCACGGCCCCCAGCUCCCUCGAUGGCUGCGUUGCUGACAAUACCCAGCUCGGCGCCAGCCUGCGCGAAGUCAACCCGAACCUGGCGUCGAACCUGACGGCGCCGGCGAACCUGGGAUUCGAGCCCCGGGCAAGCACCAUGUCUAUGCCUGUUGAAAAUGUGACGAUGCCUUUACUGAAGCGCGGCACUAGAACGGUGCGCAGCGUGGCGGGCGUCAAGAGACCCGGCGUUGCGGCCCAGGGACGCGAAAACUUUCCGCCAUCGGCACUGGCCGCGGCCGGUUCCAAGAGAAAGAGCCCGCGGCUCAAAUAA